GAGCGUCGGGUCAACAGUGUGACGGUGGCGGUACGCUCACUAACAUCGCCUGAAACUCGCUGCAGUAUAUGAUUCCUGAACGCAAUAAAAAUAUAUAGCACUCAAAAAUUAAAAUUCGUGAAAGUAUUUUUAAUUGUACAUCAAAAAACUACAUCAGUGCUGUAAGUUUAUAGACCAAUACGUAACUUUUUAAGUGUUAAUCUUAUGGAACAUAUUUAAAAAGUUUUAAGACUGUUCUGUUUUAUAUUAAAUUAUUAUAAUAACUUUGACUUAUUGAUGUGAUGUGAUUGUGUAUAUUACAGAGGUGCCGUCAGGCACUGAGAUGCAACAAUGCUAGAGGACACAGACCCAACAUUGGCCUCUAAUUGGAGUUCAACUUACAGCGAAUCGCAGAACUAUUUCACUGUUUACGAUGAGACUGACAGAUCAGAUAGUAACAGCACUCACCACAACGCAACCCAGGUAUACCAGUCCUUCAUUUUACCAUGGUGGCGGCAAGUGUUGUGGACAUUCCUCUUUGCAGGAAUGGUAGUGGUAGCCACAGUUGGAAAUCUCGUCGUUAUUUGGAUAGUUCUAGCUAAUAAAAGAAUGAGAAGCGUCACUAACUAUUUUCUAGUCAACCUGUCAGUGGCAGACGCAAUGGUAUCAACAUUGAACGUAACUUUCAACUUCACGUACAUGUUGUAUUCCGAUUGGCCAUUCGGACAUUUCUACUGCAAGUUCUGCCAGUUCAUUGCUGUUCUUAGUAUCAGCGCCUCUGUUUUCACCCUUAUGGCCAUAAGUGUGGACAGAUACGUUGCUAUAAUGAGUCCCCUACGUCCCCGACUCGGUAAACGCGCCACGCUGGGUAUUGCGGCCGCUAUUUGGGCUGGUAGCUCUGUUAUCAGCAGCCCUAACAUAAUUUACUUCACCACCGACGUAGAUCUUUUACCUGACGGUACUACAAGGCGGGUUUGUUUCCCUGAAUGGCCAGACGGUAGUACUACAGAAUCUCACCUCGAGUAUAUUUACAAUGUAGCAUUUAUGGUACUAACGUACUUCUUGCCCAUCACAUCUAUGACGUAUACUUAUGCAAAAGUUGGAAUAGAGUUGUGGGGGUCCAAAUCAAUAGGAGAGUGCACUCAACGACAAUUGGAUAAUGUGAAAAGCAAACGAAGGGUCGUUAAAAUGAUGAUCGUCGUUGUAGUAAUAUUUGCUGUGUGCUGGCUUCCAUUCCAUGUGUACUUCGUAGUGACUUCAUACUACCCAGAAGUGGUUAACUAUCCGAAUAUUCAGGAGAUAUAUCUCGCUAUAUACUGGCUCGCCAUGAGCAACUCCAUGUAUAAUCCCAUUAUCUACUGCUGGAUGAACUCCAAAUUCCGUCGUGGCUUCAAGCAGUUAUUCUGGUGCUGCGGCCUGGGUGAACGUCGUCAUCGUCUAGACCGUUCCAUGAGAUCACUUUCACCCUCCAGAAAGAAUGGAACUAGUUAUUUCAAGAAAACAAUCAAAACGUCAAAAUUCACCAAAAAUCCUCCUGGCACUCCUCAUUUGCUUCACACAAAUAAAAUACACACUUAGGAGAUGCUUGGAGUUCAAUCUGCAAGUUGGUACAAUACGUAUAUCAAUGCACAGCACCUACAACAAUCCAUUGAUGAGCAGCACCUGACAGCGACGUGGUGCUGGCAAUCAGCACGACCGUGGAACCGAGGUGCAAGACCAACGAACGUGGAUUUGACGUCCACGGUCCCACAACCGACCUCCACUCACACCUCAAGAUCUUUACGCCUAAACUUAAUUUUUAUUUUAAAUAAAUAAACCCUUGACGGACCAAAAUAAGCACAGAAAAAAUUAUUAUAUACAAUGUAAAUUAUUAUAUAACCCUCAUAGCGUACCGUAAAUGGCAAAUUUGUAAUAUAGCAUAUGAAUUUUUCAAAUUAUUUAUUUUCAUGUUUAAUUCUUUCAAAAUAAAAUAAUAUUUAUUUAAUAAUUAGCUAGGUAGAUAAUAAACGUGUUAGAAAUAGGUUACAACAAACGAAACCUAUGUAUAAAAUGGCUUAAAAUAUCCUGUAAGAUAAUUUUAGUGUUAGCAGGAGUAUUUUCAAAUUAAUACACUUUGAUAUAAAAUUCGCUUUUGAGUUUUUCAAAUCGAAAAAAGCAUUACAAGGAAUAAAUAUAACUUUGACUAUUUAUAUAGUUCUCAUGAACGAAAUUAGUAAACAAAUGUGUAAGAACCUGUUUUAUGCGCUUUGUAAAUAUUUGUACCUAAUAAUAUAAAGGUCACAUAUUUAAAACUUGUAUAUAAGUAAGAUACUCGUUCCAGAUAAAGCCAUUCAAAAAUGUUAUGUAAAUAUUUGUGUUAUAUUAAACAUUAGUCAAACUUGGGGCACACGCUUCUCUAUAUAUAAUUUUGUAAUUUGUAUAUUUAAAGUAGUUCACAUGUGAAAAUUUUAAUUUAUGUUAAAUAAAACUAUGUUAAAUAAAA